AAGAAAUCGUGUAGCUACGAACUACACAAUGCUGUCCACUCGCUCUCCUCUCAAAUCCAAGCAUGAAAACGCUGUUUCUGCUAAAAUGGGCUCCAUGGGGCUGGUUGACAAAGAGAACACGCCACCAAGUCUGAACACGACCAGAAUCCUGGCUUCCAAAACGGCGCGUAAAAUCUUCGAUGACUCUGAGGACAGGCAAAAAACAAACAAAGCAACUGUGGAGGAAGAGCCCCUUCUGAAAGAGAACCCACGCCGCUUUGUCAUUUUCCCCAUUCAGUACCAUGACAUCUGGCAAAUGUACAAGAAAGCAGAAGCUUCUUUCUGGACAGCUGAGGAGGUUGACCUGUCCAAGGACCUUCAGCACUGGGAGUCCCUGAAGGAUGAGGAGCGCUACUUCAUCUCUCAUGUGUUGGCUUUCUUUGCUGCAAGUGAUGGUAUCGUCAAUGAAAAUUUGGUGGAGCGCUUCAUGCAGGAAGUGCAAGUGACUGAAGCACGCUGUUUCUAUGGCUUCCAAAUUGCCAUGGAGAACAUUCACUCUGAGAUGUACAGCUUGCUUAUUGACACCUAUAUCAAAGACUCCAAGGAGAGGGAGUACCUCUUCAAUGCUGUAGAGACUCUUCCAUGUGUAAAGAAGAAGGCUGACUGGGCACUCAACUGGAUUGGCAACAAAAAUGCUAAAUAUGGUGAAAGAGUGGUGGCCUUUGCUGCUGUGGAAGGAAUCUUCUUCUCAGGUUCUUUUGCUGCCAUCUUCUGGCUCAAAAAGAGAGGACUCAUGCCUGGCCUUACCUUCUCCAAUGAGCUCAUCAGCAGAGAUGAGGGUCUUCACUGUGACUUUGCCUGUUUGAUGUUCAAGCACCUGAUGAACAAACCCUCUGAAUCAACGGUCAAGAAAAUCAUUAUGAAUGCUGUUCAGAUUGAGCAGGAGUUCCUGACCCAGGCUUUGCCAGUUAAACUGAUUGGUAUGAACUGUGACUUGAUGAAGCAGUAUAUUGAAUUUGUGGCCGACAGGCUGAUGUUGGAGUUGGGCUUCAGCAAGAUCUAUAAAGUAGAGAAUCCCUUUGACUUCAUGGAGAACAUUUCCUUGGAGGGGAAGACCAACUUCUUUGAAAAGCGAGUUGGCGAGUACCAAAGAAUGGGUGUCAUGUCUGGACCCACAGAUAACACUUUCAGGCUUGAUGCUGACUUCUAAAGUUUUGACAGUGAAUGGACACUUGAAACAUUUAACACUUGAAGAGGUGAUGGUCUGUGGCCCGCCUCCGUAUUUCGCCCGCAACGUAGUCACUCAUCAGGACUGCUGGAUAGGCACUGAGGAACAUUGUAACCGCAAAUUCACUCUGCAGUAUUCAUUCAUUUGGGCAUAUGUGGUUAGGUUUUUUUUUUUUUUUUUUUUAAGAAAUGUUUUGGAAUAUGCUAAUCCCAAGUGCAGUAAAGGUUUUAGUUUUGUGUUUUAUUGUAUAAGUUUCUGCAAUUGGUGCUGGUUUUAUUUAUAGCUUGUACAAACUGCGUUUCUUGCUUUCCUGUUAUUGCUUUACCCUGGUGAAUGUCUUAAUGCAUUUAAAUGUGUAAAUAAAUUUUUGAUAAAA